GCUUCUGCCAAAUUGUUGAAAGCAUGUAUUGAUAUUGAGAGGUUUGACUGAAAAAUAUAGUUCGAUCGAAUGGCUCCAAUACGGUACAGUUUGCACUAUGAAGACUACUCAGAACACCUGAUGUCGAGAUUUGGAAAGCUAUUACAAAUGCAGUCACUGGUGGACAUGACACUCAUGUGCAGCUCGCACACUUUGCGUGUUCACAAAGCAGUCCUAGCUGCAAGUAGUGCUUACUUUCAAGAAGUCUUACAAAAACAGUCUGGUGAACCGCUAAUCAUUCUGAAAAUGAGAUUUAGCGUGUUGAAAUGUCUAGUGGAGUUCAUGUAUUGCGGUAAAACUCAGUGCUUGGAAGAGAACCUGGAUGAACUGGUGUCUGCUGCUCAGUUCCUGAAGAUAAAGGGCUUGUCUAAAGUAACUAAAGAAGGAUUAGGCAUAAAUAAUCCCAGUGAGCUGCCAGUGUUCACCCCACCGGUUGUGAUAAACCGCCCGCCGCAGUCACUUAUCGAUUUGCACUCCCAGGUUCAGGAUACUUCUGAACAAAAAGUGUCUACAGCACAACUCGCUCCGUCAACAUCAAGUCAACCAGCCGACACCUUAAGCCGGAAUAACAAUAAGGAUAUGGUGGUGAGGAUACCCUUUGACAUUGAGGGCGGUUCUGGAAUAGACUACGCUGAUCCCACGCGUGGGGCAAGACCACGUCGCGGGAGACCUAGUUUCAAGCGACCUUCUGGAUGGGAGACAGGCACUGGUUUGGGUCGUGCGGCCGAGCGAGCGCUGUUGCGAAGGGAACAUGAUUCCAGAAAGGCCAUCCACCACCUGAAACAUCUGCAGACUCGACAUAUGCAGGACUACAUGGAUCGUGUGACGCUUUCUCAAGCCGUUAACAGCAUUUGUAACAAUGACAAUUCGCAAAGCUACCUCAACAUGGACAACGACCUCAUGUAUAUGGAUCAGGCGAUAUCAUCCAACGCGCUCGACCCAACAGCACCUUAUAAUAAGGAUUCUCUAGGAAAUGAGACUAUAACUUCAAAUUAUCCUAUGUCCGUAACUAAUACUGCUAAUGAGGCUUCAAGUGGCGACAUAAACACCGCUAUGUCACAAUAUGUUAAUGCUUUAAAGAACGCAGGCUUGCCGACAGACUUGCCAAUUUUAUUUGAAUCCGGUGAUGGGUCCUAUAUAAACGUCAACGAACAAGUUCUCCUUGACAUGGUCCAAAGCAGCGAAAUACAGUACGAAGUGAUUGAACAGCCUAAUAUAAUUGAAAAGGUAGCAGAUCCGAGUGAAAUCAAAAGCAUAGAUGAACUAUCGAAAUCUAUAGAACGCGGAGAAAUGCUAAUGGGUUCAAAAAGUUUUGCGUCGCAUAACGACUUCAAUAAAAGCAGUAACGCCAGUGAAAUUAACAGCUUAAACGCUAUACUACCGGACAACUUGGAAUCAUUUGGAGAACAUCAAAAUUAUGUUGUACUAGAUCAUUCUCUCCAAGAUAGCCAUGCUUCAAUAAGUCAUGAUAAUGCAAAUGAUUUUUCAAGCAUCGAAAGCGAUAUGCAAUUUUUUACCAAAACUAUGAGCGACGAUGUCAAAAAGUAUUAUGAGGAGCAACAGCUGAAUGAUGCAAGAGUAAUGGACCAAUUUUGUCCCGCGAGUACUUCGUUGGAUGCAAGUUUUAACAUGUCCCUCCUUGAUACGAAAACAUCUCAUUUAGAAGAAAACAUGAGUCAACAAUUUAAUUCCUUAAAUACUGAAGAUUUAAGAAGAACCGACGAUUGCUAUGACUUUAGUUUGCAACUACCGCACUCAAAUGUUUUCAAAGAAGAUACUUUAGAUUGCUUGAUGUCACCAAAACAGAAUGAGAAACAUGGAAAUUAUAUUGAAGAUAAUUUAGACAGCGGGGUGCAAGAACGUGAUGAAAUCAUUAAGGAUUUGAUGAAUAUUGAAAAUAAGAUAGCGAUGGAGCAAAGCAAAAUUAUAAAUGAAGAUAACACUAUGAACUCUGUAUUAUGUGAUGAUGAAAAAGAAAAUAUUACGCCUAAUGAGAAUACCAAUUUUUCAUCUGCGUGCGAAUUGAAAUGGGAUGUAAGCGGGAAGGAUAGUGAGAAUGUUGGUAACAUAAAUGUGGAUAAUGCCCUGGACUUAGGUACAUCAGAAUCACAAAUGACUGAGUCAAAAGCCGACUUAACGAAGCCUGAUGAAAUUGCAAAUGAUAAAUGGGAUGCAUUUAAAUACGACGAAGAAAUAGAUAAAAACGUUGAAGAUUUAACAGAUGGAACUAUUAACACAACUUUGGAUGAAAAUAUACCGUUUGCUGUUGGGCUUUUGCCUCUCAAACAGAUGCAGCCAUCAGAAGAUGACGGUUUACUUAAACGGAAACUCUCUGACGAUAUGUUGGAUAAUAUAGACGCUCAGUGCUUGAAGCGUAAAAUAAAGUAUAAAAAGGUGUAA